AUGACACAAUCUCCAAACUCUUCUUUAAAUAAUACUCCAAUUUCUAAUAAUCAAAAAAAUAUAUUUCAAACAAAUUUUUCUCUUCCAACUCUUUUUUCUAACUCAUCUCUCAAACGUGCAAUAAUUACCGAAGUAGAUCCUUCCCAAAUAGAACUUACCAAUCAAAAUCAAGAAAACAGCAAAAAAAAAAAAUCCAGACACGUGCUGUACAACAACAACAACAAAGAAAAUAGACAAGUUACACGCAGCAUGUCACUAAAUAACAAUAUCCCAACACCCCAAAACUUUUCACAAUCACACGCCGAUUACUCAUCAACAUCUAAAAAUGAAACUAAUUCACUCAAAAUCUCAUCUGAAAUCUCAUCUGAUGAUAUGGAAGACAUGGAUGACAUAGAUUUUAU